AAUACUUCAGAACAAAGGUUUUGAUAUGCAGUUCUGCCUGGCCAGAGUGGAUCAGCUACAGCGACAAAUUGAACAGGAGAAGGGGAACUUUGACAGCGUCUACGAUGAAACCCAGGCUUUGGUUGGUCCUCCGCGCGGCCGUGGAGCUCAAGGAGACGUUCGUGCACGGUACAGGGAGCUCCACUGCAGCGUAAUUGACAGCCUGCUAACCCAGAUUUCCAACCGCUUCAGUGACCACAAAAAGCUGGAAUUCCUGGCCCUUCUGGACCCGCAACAGUUCGGGCAUUACUGUAACUAUUUCCCAACUGCUGCCUUGAACAGUUUGAUGGAGAGCUAUGGCGGAUAUUUCGACCAGCCUCGACUGCACACGGAACUCGCCGUGAUGUACGGCAUGUCUGACAUUUUGGGGAAAAGCCCAGCCGACAUUCAUCAGUUUCUCCUCAAAAAAGGACUGAGUGAAAGCAUGAAACAGGUGUACACCCUCUCAUGCAUCAUCCUGACAAUACCUGUGUCCACUGCCUCUGUGGAGAGGUCCUUCUCUGCGCUGAAGCGCAUAAAAAGCUACUCGAGGUCCACGACUGGGCAAGUCCGACUGUCAGACUUGGCCUUAAUUUCGAUCGAGAAGGAAUUGCUGAUUGCUUUAAAAGCAAAGGAUCACCUGCAUGACGACGCCAUCAAGUUCUUCAUCCAAAAAGACAGGAGGAUGGACUUUGUGUUUAGGUGAUUUGAUCAUCAAAGGUGUCCAGGUGAUGCAGACA